AUGUUAGAGGAUCGCCUAAUUACUCAAAUGGUAAUACCUGUGUCAAAAGAGACAUAUUUUAAUACAAAAUGGGAAAGCAAUAGAGAAAAUCUUUGUGCCUACGACAAACUUUACCAUCCUCCCGAUUAUAAUCCAAAGUCUGCGAGAUCUGACCGCCAAGAACCAAAAAUUAUAAGACAUAAUAUUUGGUACCAAGAAGUGCAUAAAGGUAUAGCAUCAACGGCCCACUUCCAACUUGGUAGACCAAAGUGGAAGCCAUUUGACUUGCCAAGUAAAGAAUUUGUUCGAGUGCAAGUUAAAAACGAGAAUCCGCAUAUGCGCAUCGGCGGCGUUUUAGUAUGGGCUGUACUUCUUAACGAAGGGAAACCAAGUUUAUGUAAUCAGUAAUAUCAAAACACAAAGUUUGUUUCCAAUUUUAUUAAAUUUAAUCGUUUUAAA